UAAUAUAAAUAUAUCGUCUGAGCCUAAAGAAACGAAAAAGAUUUAACUAAAUAGAAAUGCUCUAAACAAUAUUUUAACAGAUACAAUAAACUAUUUGUCAAUGUGAAAUACUAUUUUAUAAAGUACUAUUUUGUAGAUGUGAAAUUUGUUUUUACAUUUACAAAUCUUAUCUUCUCAUGUUAAAUGCAAACGAAAGAAGUUUCAGAGAAAUAUCAAUUAUUUGAAAGUGAUUCUGAUGAAAGACACUUUAAACAUGCAUUCAAAAGCGUAAGUCAUUUGGUUCACCCAUUCUCGAAAUAUCACUCCCCAACAGUACGUGAUAUCGUACGAAUAUUUAAGAACAUUUCGAUGCUCGCACAAAGUGCGAAUAAUUUUUUGACGGUGGACCGAGCGAAAUUGAUUUUUGGCGCCUAAUAGGGAAUUCAUACGGCGCGGCGUGUUCGAUUGCGAAAAGUUCGCUAGUCUAGGGACUUCGACGGACGGCACGUUUCUCCCUCUCAAAACGAAUUUUUCUAUUGGCUCUCGGACGCCCUACCACGUUUGCAGGUGAGCUGGCCUAUGAACGGGGCACCGCGCGCCGUCGUCUGCGUCGUCCGUCGUUCCUGGUCGUUCCGCCAUCACACUGUGCAUCAUUUCCAUGUCAGCGCGUCGUGCGUGCGGUGUAUUGCGUUUCGUUCGAGACGAGAGCUACGGUCGAGUCGCGAUUAUGACGAGUGCCGCGAAGCAUCCGGAACGACUGCCGCAGGCGUUCGUUAAAUAACGCGAAGUGUCAUCGAACGGCUAAGCGACGACGCGAGGUCGCGCGAGGACAGCCGAGACACAGUGAAGCGGCGACGGACUCCGUGAAAACGGGAUCGCCGUCGGUCGACACUCUUCCACGUAACGAAGAAGAGGGAAUAAGAAGAUCAAACAAACACCACGUGAGUUAAUCAUCACCGAAGUGGCGGUCGCAGAAAGUUCCGACAUGAGGGGGUCUAAAAGAGACUGGGUUUUUAGAGUCCAGGUGCCUAACCUGGAGAAAAAUGAAGUGGUUUAUGUAGUUGGAAAUUUGCCUGAGUUGGGUGCCUGGAAUCACAACCAGGCCAUCCAAAUGACACAGGAGCAUAGUAGUCCACGGGAGUCUCCUAUAUUAUUAGACAAUAGCAACAGCGGAGAUUUCUAUAGCGAAGACGGAGACAAUGCAGCUGAUGGCAUAUUUGAAGAAGACGGGCGAAUAUUCUCACAGAAGGUUGCUCUUCCUAUUGACGCAAAUAUCGAGUUUCGAUAUUUUGUAGCUGUCAUCUGUCAAUCAAACGGCACUAAAAAUUCAGCCAAAACUCUGAUUAUUCGAAGAUGGGAAACUCAUAUGACACCACGAUCAAUUAGGAAAAAUACACCAAGCAAUUUUGACAAUGACACAUUGCCUGAUCCUGACAAAUUUGGCUAUCAUAAUAAUUACUGCAAGAUUGAACGAGGUUGGCUGACAGAUGAAACUGUGAUACAAUUUAAACUUUUUAACAAUCCUAUUAAACUUUGGAAGAACCGGCUACAAAACAAAAAAGUUCAUAUUAAGAUGACACCUGUAAAUCUAGUUAGGCAUAAUUCUUUAGAAUUGCAACAGUUUGGAGGCGACUGUAUAGACGAUAGUCUUUCUAUGGAUACGCAAGAUAUUGUUGAUCAACCCGCCUUUACCAGUAUUACAGAAAUUGCUGUGAUGGAUGAUGAAGAGGCUAGAUUCACGUUCCAGGAGCAAUUCGGCCGCCCUUACAAUGAAAACGAUUUUUUAAUCUUCAAUGUUGCCGUUCGGUAUCCUGAAACAAUCGGGUACUUAGUGGACUACUACGUGUACAGCUCAAGGGGUUUCCCAGGAGAACCACCAAAUCACAUUGGUUUCAGCUAUAUCUUGCCGGGUGCUUUACAACCUAGCGUCGGACUUCUGACCGUACCAAUUACUAGUACAAAACAUAGACCCAUUGGCCAAUUGACAGUGGAGUACGUUGUUAUAAAACCAAUACCAGAUCAUCCAUGGGAUAUGAGCAUCUCGUACGCGAAGCAUUGGGAGCAGCGUUGGUCAGGCUUAGAUGUAGGACACAGAGGACUUGGUACAUCUUUCAAAUUUGAAACGAAAAACUGUGCUAACGUGCGUGAGAACACAGUUGCAUCUUUGAAGACUGCAUCAUAUCACGGUGCGGACAUGGUCGAGUUUGAUGUUCAACUAUCAAAGGAUCUUAUACCUGUAAUCUAUCACGACUUCUAUGUAUCCAUCUCGAUGAAGCGUAAGAAGCAGAUAGAGGCUAUGGACAUGCUAGAGAUACCCGUUAAGGAUCUUACUUUAGAGCAGCUUCAUCUACUCAAGGUUUAUCACGUGGCCGAAGGUCGUGAAAAGAAUCCAAGAUUUUUUGACGAGGAUUUGGAAGAUCAUCAGCCCUUUCCUACGCUGCAAACGGUACUGCAAGAACUCGAGCAACACGUUGGGUGUAAUAUCGAAAUUAAAUGGACGAUGCAAUUGAAGGAUGGCACGUUCGAACUCAAUCAUCCCUUCGAUCUCAAUAUAUAUCUAGAUGUUAUUUUGAAAGUGGUAUUAGAAUAUGGGGGUGACCGAAAAAUCGUGUUUUCUUCGUUCAAUCCGGAUAUCUGCGCGAUGAUCCGUCUCAAACAAAACAAGUAUCCAGUGGUAUUUUUAACGCAAGGAAUUACGACCAAAUAUCCCACUUAUCACGAUCCAAGAUGUCAAACGGUACCAAUGGCGAUGAAACACGCAUUGGCCGCAGAUAUUCUAGGAAUUAACGUCCACACCGAAGAUCUUCUUCGGGAUCCGUCUCAAGUUAAGUUAGUCAAGGACGCGGGAUUAAUUAUCUUCUGCUGGGGCGAUGAUAACAAUGAUAAAGAGACUAUCCAAUAUCUGAAGAAACUCGGCUUACAUGCGGUCAUAUACGAUAAAAUCGAUGAAUAUAACGCGAAAGAAGUGAAAGAGAGUAUAUUCUUAGUGGAUGCUAGAGAAAGCCAAAAAGAAUUGAUAGCCGUGGCACACAGCAGCCAAACACCACAGACACAAAUCCCUACUCCCCUCAAUACAGAAAAGGAUUAUUAUUUGAAUCGACCGUCAACGACAUCAUUUUUGAAGAACAAUGUUGGCGGCGACAAUAUAUAUUCCGUACCGAAAUUGCCAACCAACUGCGAGGAAAGCGACAUUAACGAGAUAACCAAGGAUUUCAGUGCCUGCGCAAAUACUUUCGGCCAUUCGGUAAAGACAAACGGCGUUUCCGGUGUAUGUGGACAAUCGAAUCCUCUACCUGAAUUUUAUGGUGAAGACGAGGCGGCAAAGGAUUGCCUUUGAUGCUUUCCUUUCAGAAAACCCUUCUCAUGGUUUUGAUGGAAAAUUGUCACUAAGAGGGAUCCUAAGCUAUACGAUGACAGGGAGAUAACUUUUUUGUAAUUUAUAAUACGAUAAUAAUUGAUAGGCCGAGGAAAUACCGAGGAUUUGUCUGUACUUCUGAGAUCUGUAAUGCUCUUAUACAGAUCAUCACACAGAUUAUGUAUAAAUAAUUCGGAAUCAAAGCAAUCACUGUUAUUCUGAGAUUUGCUAAAAGUUCAUUAUAUUCGUAUUCAAUAUUUAGCUUUAAAUACGACUAUGAUAUAUACAGCCUAUUGCACGAAAAAAACUGUGUUCUGCAUCUUGAAAUUAUUCAGAUCGGUCAUGUUUUACGAUAAUAGGAAAUUUCAGUAAAUCCUAUCUGCAGAUCACAGAAUAACACAUUGAUUGUUAUUUUAAAGUAUCGUUAUAACACGUGAUAUGCGAGAAAAAAUCAUCCGAUUUACUCUUCUCACAUUUUUCCAAUUGUAAAGUUUUUCGCGCUUUAUGUAACGUGUGUCGGAAAAAGUGUGUAGCCGGAUACUCUUAAAGAAAUGGUCUUUGAAAUUGGGCUUUUUUUAAUUGAGAAUGAUUUAGAAAUCCUGAAUAUAUUGUUCCAUGAGUAAAUAAUUCUAAUCAUAUAUUUGCACUUUUUCGAAUAUUAUUCAUCAUGUAUGUGUAAUUUUUAGCCUUAAAUGUCUAAUAAUCUGGAACUUUGAAACAAGUCCAAGCUUUGAAGAAUCUAGACAAAAAUUUCAAUGUUCUAGUUUUUAUCCACAAAUAUUGAAAUCCAAGUAUUUAAGAAUUUUAGGCAAUCUUUUUCGUUCAAUCUUAAUGGUUUAACGAUCCAAAUGUCUAAAAGAUAGAAAUAUAGAAAUCUAAGAAAAUAGUUUUACUUAUACAGAAAGCUUUCAUUUUUUAGUUGCUAGAUUACUUAUUCCCUGUGAAAAGAAAUUGAAAGCGGAUUGUUCAAUCCACUACCGGCAUACAACUGUUUCCACGCACUUCACGUGCACCUUAAUUUUUAAUGGAAGACCUUAGUAUGCUAAUAAAUCCUGCGCAGGAUAUAGAAAAUGAUCUUAACUCUCGUGAGUCCGCUCGCGGUGAGCCGAUGCGGGAGUUAUGUUUUUAGUACAAAUGUCUUCAGGUAUAUCUUUAUUUAUAAUCAGAAAGAAAAUACUUUUCUCCUCCCAUAAUCUCUUUUGCUAUUUAAUUCGGAUGGUUGCAAUACACGCGAACGAGGAAAAGAUAGAGAAAAUUGAAAAAAAAGUAAAGAAAGAAAACGAAGAAGAAGAGCGAGAGUUGCUCGUUACUCGAAGAGCAAACUAAUGCCAUUAGUUGAUACGAUUUUUUACAAGCUGUCGAACGAAAAAUCGCGCCGAAUGCGAGAGCAAAUGAUCGCACCGCACCUCGAAUUUGCCUUUUCGACAGCUGUACCUCAAGUGUUUUAAUAAGACCGUAAGCUAAACUAUUUUUCGUAAUCAUCUAGAAAGUACUUCAUAUUCAUUUAUUUAUGUCAUCCGACACGUGACAAUUCACAUGACUAUUCACCAGCGCGAGCGUAUGAUCAAGGAAAAUAAAGAAAAAAAAAGUGAUGAAAGGCACACGCAUAUCUCGUUUUUUUUUUCCAUUUUGUUUCGUCAUACUUUUAACACUGACGAGUCAGUGCGUAGUUUUGCUCAUUCUAAAUAGUUUUUACGAUGACGCUGCGAAUAAUUUGCAGUCUCUUUAUGUACGCCCAGUGGACGGACGUCCGAUGUUCAGAGGUCGACCGGUUCGACCGAUAGACUCGUCGAGAAUAUCUUUUCGACGUGAAGAACUUCGGAAACGUGCGGCCGGUCUCUCGCUUUAGUUUUAGCGCACUAAGUGCACCUCAGAGAGGUCGAACGCGAGAAGCAUUAUUCGCUUUCUAAUAGUCUCCCGAGCGCAUCAUAUGUUUCUUCGAGACACAAAAAACGUUAACCCUUCAACCGAUAGCUUUGUCCAUCCAUAGCUUAAUGGCAUGACGAGCCAAACUCGUCACACCGUCCGCUUCGACUUUUGAUAUUAUGAAUAACUCGUGUUUUUUCAUUGAAGACAGACGGAUAUGGUUCACCACGGAUAAAUGGGGAGCCAAUACUUUGUGCUCGGAAUGCACGAUGCUCUUGUCAUUACGAAACGUUAAGUCGGACAGGUUUAUUUUAGGAGACGUUUGUCGCAAUGACUAAAAGAUUUGUUAUCUCGACUUUCAAAUUGGUUUAUUAACGAGAAAACAAAGACGCUAAUAAAAUUGAUAAGAUUAUCCAAUAAAUUAUUGGAUAGUGAAAUUGUAUUCUCAUGCGAUGCGAUUAAAGGAAAUAAAUUAACUGAGGGAUCUAGAUAAAACAAAUACAUUUUUGCGCGAAUUGAUCUCACGAAUGAUGGGCUAUGGGUUUUUUGGAUACCUAUGUGCUAGGAAUAUUAAUUAUUACUAUUAUUAUUAUAUGUAUAAUAAUACUCUAUUGUCUCACAGUGCGUCAGUACUGUUACAAUAAUUUAAUAACACCUAUUAUUAAAAAUUAUACAUUAUGAUAACGUAAUGCUGUUAUAUUAUUAUAAUGGUAGUAUCGAGACCGAAACUGAAUUGACGCUUCGUAGCGCAAAGAGUUGAUCUACCGGCUGAAGGGUUGAAGAAAUAUGAACGUGCAGCGGCACGCCAAAGAUCUUUGUAAAAUUUUUCACGGGAAAGUAAAGUGCGUACUGCAUUGUAGUAGUAAGAAAAGGCUGUAACAAGCUAAUAUAGUGAUUGUAUCAAUCGUCGAGACUCUGGACAAUGUACAGUACAUUUGUUGAAAGGAUAUUAAACAAAUACACGAUUUGUAUUAGGAGAUCACGUCGCUGCACUACGCGGGGGUGACAUUACCUGUCUUCUUUCUUUUUCUUUUUUUCGGUCAACUUGUCGCGGAGGCCGGACGUCCCUUUUAAACCCUCUGCGUCCAACGCAAGUAACGAUUACAAAUCGCGGAUGUUCUCUCACCGCUCCAAUAACACGAUUAAAUACCGAAAAAUCGAAAGACCGACAAUGCGGAACGCUAACUAAAUUGGAAAAACACCUCAGAUUUUGUUAUCGAUAAUUUAUAAAAACGACAUCAACCAGCAAGUACUGUAUUAAUAAUUAGCGUAAGAGUGAUAAAGGGGUAGCUUCAAAAGAAACGUGGAACUUAAUAUUGUGAAAUUCGAGUGCAAUGUAUGUUCCGAAAUGACGGUGUAAAUCCGCGAUUUCACAUUCGUCGGAAAUUUAUAAUUAAGGCGACAGGUUCGCAGGAUCGGCUUUAAAAAAAAUUUACGUGCGUUUACUUGCGGUAGUUUAAAUACCUUUAUAGAAACUUCGUCGUUCCAGCUUGGCUUUUUUCUGACUUGUUGAAUUUCUAAGUAUAAAUUUCAUCUGAUGGAAUACGAGAGAAAUCUAAAGCCGAUAUCGAGUUACAUUAGAAUACUCAAAAGCAAUUCUCUCAUUUUCCAUUUAUUGUAUGUUAUUAACAUAUCAGUAUAUGUAUAUGUAUAUGUUAGAAACGAACAGUUAGUUUCUCCCUAUUUAAGUUCUGAGCAACUCCGUACGUCAAGUUAGCGAACUUUAAAAGUUUUGCGAAACUCGAUGUAUGUUUCGGUCUCCGAACCUUUUAAACAGUUUUAAACUUCCGAGCAUAGUUAAGAUUUCUAACGAUUAUCUCUAUCUUCACUUCUACUUUGUUUAUGUUACAAUACAACGAUCCGGAAGGAUUGAAGUAAUUUAUUCUUGCCGAAAUAAUAAAACAUUUGUAUUGUCAGAA